ACCGUAGCUACGACAAUAGUGAGUGUUGUGACAAUCCCCUGUGAAAUGUGAAUAGACUACACCGUACCGUCACAAUAAUAUUAAUUAAUAAUCAACAAUGCGUCGCACAACAUUGUAAUAAAUUAUUAUAUAACCAUUUUCGUAGUAAUUUAUUCAAUCUCGAGUUUUAUCGCGAUUUAGAUUUGUUUUUUUACUAUAGUUACGGCAACCGCGCACACACACCUCUAAUAACCAGCCAUUGGAAGUGAAAACAAAUCCGGCUCGCUAAACCAUUUGGGCUCAAAAAAAUCACUGUGAUAAUAAUAAUAUUAUCUGCUAGUAGUGCUAGUAGUGCAAGUCCAAAACCAAAACUCUGUCGAGCCGGUAAAAGCAACAAAUAAUUUAAAAAUACGUAUCGACGAACGCCGUGACUAGCAGCGCCGUCUACCGGAUAGUACAGUCGGCCGACGGCCGGGCGCAGUAUAGAUAGCAGUCCGCGAAAUACUUCGAUCUUCGGGGCCGGCCGACGACGACGACGACGACGAUCCCGAGCUCGCGGCGCUAUUGCGCUAUCUGGCUAUCAUGAGUCUGUUGUUUCGUCGAUUGUUGCCGUCAACUGUUGUCUUCUCCUCGUCUUUAAUUGUUAGCAAAAAUCUUAGUAGCACAACAAACAAAAUGGCUGAAGAUUGGAAAAAUGCUAAAUCUGUGUAUGAUUUCACAGUAAAGGACAUCAAAGGAGAAGAUGUAUCAUUGGAAAAAUAUAAAGGUUUUGUGUUGAUUAUUGUAAAUGUAGCAUCUAAAUGUGGUUAUACAUCUAAGCAUUACAAAGAAUUAGUUGAACUAGAUGAGAAGUAUCGAGACAAAGGGUUAAGAAUUCUUGGUUUUCCGUGUAAUCAGUUUGGAGCUCAGGAACCUGGUGAUGCUGAAAAUAUUUGUAGCUUUACUGCAAAAAAAAAUGUUAAAUUUGACAUAUUUGAUAAAGUUGAUGUUAAUGGAAAUGACGCACAUCCAUUAUGGAAAUAUUUGAAAUCAAAACAAGGUGGUUUAUUGAUAGAUUCUAUUAAAUGGAAUUUUACUAAAUUCAUUGUUGACAAAAACGGUCAACCAGUUGAGAGGCAUGCUGCCAAUGUUAGCCCUUUGGGCCUGGAAAAGAAUUUGGAAAAAUAUUUCUAAAACCUUUU